AUGCUGUCAUCCAUCUUGUGGAAUGUGCGAUGCGUUGGUACUAAAUUGGGUAGGGCAGUUAACGUAUUUAGAAAACCACCACCAACACACUUGCCUCAAAAAGAUAAUGAUUUAGGUAAGCGGAGAAAAGGCCUUGAUCAUGCAAAGAAAAUCUAUCAAUUAGAUCAAAAGGACUUCGGCUUUGUAAAAACAGGAGAAGGGACCAAGGAAGUUGAUCUGGUAAACAUACCGCCAAUGUUGAAGACUGUUCCCUGUAAAGAAACAUAUUAUUUUUACGACCUCAGGUUUGCAGCAAAAUUUUUAUUUUAUCAAAUAUAUGAAUCGUUACAAGGAGAGGGAAGCUGGACUCUGGAUGAAAUUAUAUCACAUUUUAGACAUUCGCGAAUUCUAACGAAACCAAAGAAUAAUGAAGUUUAA